GCGGGGCCGGCGCUCCGCUCCCUCUCGCGCGCCGCUCGGCUCCUUCACAGGGUGACACGUCUGCGGUGAGUGAGUGGCGUUGGCAGCCUGUCAAUCCCUCACCGGAGCGGCCAUCAAACAACAUAAAACACGCGCGGGCACCGGGCGCGGGGCUCAUAAAUUCCGGCGGGCCGAUAUUUUUGCACAUUGCUUUGCAGAGAGUGUGUAAUUAAUUUUUUUACAGUUCUUUCCCCGUUAUUUCCGCUCUUUUCUUUGCACAAGUUCAAACUUUUGAUUGCUGCUGUCUCACCCCCGUGCACAGACUUGGGAUCGUUUGUUAUUUGGGGGGGAGGGCGAUUAAUUUUUUUUUUCCCUCUGUGAUUGUGUUUUCUUGGCUUUUUUAUGUUGCAAUUUGGGGGUGGGGGUGUUCGCUGGUUUGUUGUGGUUUUUGCUGUUUGCACCCUCCCAACUUCUGAAGGAUUUGAAAGCGAGUUUUUUUGAUUUUGUAUUUAAUUUUUUUUUUUUUUUAAAUUUUGCCUUUUUGCAAAGAAGAUUUUUGGACAAGUGGGGAAAGACAUAAAAAGCAACAAUAAAAAUAAAUAAGGAAAAAAAAAGCUUUGGAGGAAGAUUGUACCAGGAAAACCUCACAGAAAUCUGCUCAGCUCAUUUAUCCGAGGCACCAAUAUGAUGAUGAUGAAAGAAGAUUGUAACUAAAGAAGAGAGUGAUUUACUGCCCUGGGAAGGAGAAGAGAGUGGAAUAAACAGCUGAGAUCCGGUCAAAACACAAAUACUACAUUUUUUUGUUAUUGUUUUGUUUGGCUUUUUUUUUUUUUUUUCCUUUUUUCGUGGUGUGUGUGCAGAGCGCGGUCAGGAGCGCGGCACUGGGACUGAGCGGGGCAGGCGCUGCCGUGACCGCCCGGAGCGCGGCCCGGCCCGGAGCCAUGGACGAUCAGUCCAGGAUGCUGCAGACUCUGGCCGGCGUGAACCUGGCCGGGCACUCGGUGCAGGGGGGCAUGGCCCUGCCGCCUCCCCACGGACACGAAGGGGCUGACGGCGACGGCAGGAAGCAGGACAUCGGCGACAUCCUCCAUCAGAUCAUGACCAUCACUGACCAAAGCCUGGAUGAGGCACAAGCAAAGAAACACGCCCUGAACUGCCACAGGAUGAAACCCGCCCUGUUCAGCGUCCUCUGCGAGAUCAAGGAGAAAACAGGUUUGAGCAUCCGAGGAGCCCAGGAGGAAGACCCUCCCGAUCCUCAGCUAAUGAGACUAGACAAUAUGCUUCUGGCAGAAGGAGUCUCAGGUCCGGAGAAAGGUGGGGGAUCGGCGGCAGCAGCUGCAGCCGCAGCAGCCUCUGGAGGGUCUUCAGAUAACUCUAUUGAGCACUCAGAUUACAGAGCCAAAUUGACCCAGAUCAGACAAAUCUAUCACACAGAGCUGGAGAAAUAUGAACAGGCAUGUAAUGAAUUUACCACUCAUGUCAUGAACCUCCUCAGAGAACAGAGCCGGACACGUCCCAUUUCUCCCAAGGAGAUUGAGAGGAUGGUGGGCAUCAUUCAUCGAAAAUUCAGCUCCAUCCAGAUGCAGCUCAAACAGAGCACUUGUGAAGCAGUAAUGAUUUUAAGAUCAAGGUUCCUUGAUGCCAGACGGAAAAGGCGCAACUUCAGUAAACAAGCCACAGAAAUCUUGAACGAGUAUUUUUACUCCCACCUCAGUAACCCCUACCCCAGUGAAGAAGCCAAAGAAGAGCUGGCAAAGAAGUGCAGCAUCACGGUAUCACAGGUGUCCAACUGGUUUGGCAAUAAGAGAAUCAGGUACAAGAAGAACAUUGGGAAGUUCCAGGAGGAAGCCAAUCUCUACGCGGCAAAGACGGCCGUGACUGCAGCGCACGCCGUGGCCGCGGCUGUCCAGAACAACCAGACCAACUCCCCCACCACACCAAAUUCUGGUUCUUCUGGUUCUUUUAACCUCCCAAAUUCUGGGGACAUGUUCAUGAACAUGCAGAGUCUGAAUGGGGAUUCUUACCAGGGGUCCCAAGUCGGAGCCAAUGUGCAGUCACAGGUGGAUACCCUGCGUCAUGUUAUCAAUCAGACGGGAGGAUACAAUGAUGGCUUGGGAGGAAAUUCACUGUACAGUCCACAUAAUUUAAAUGCUAAUGGAGGCUGGCAGGACGCAACCACUCCAUCUUCUGUGACUUCCCCUACAGAAGGGCCGGGAAGUGUGCACUCGGAUACCUCUAACUAAUCUCCUAGCAACACUUUUUCCCUGAGCUGAGAUGCCUUGAUUAGCGCAUUCAGAGUUGCAGGAGAAAAAGGAAAGAGUUUUUUGUAGCCAACCACCUACAGCUUUACUGUAAAACCUUGUCUUAUUAGAAAACUUGGUAAAUCUGUUUUUUAAAGGUAUCAUAAUCAUUUGUAUUUAUACUUAAAACACACAAUGUUAAAAAGCACUUUAUCCAAUUAGGCCAAGAUUUAGCAUUGUUUAUAGCCCUGUAACUAUUUUAUCAUAAUUUAUUAUCAGCAGUUUUAAUGAUGUUGGUCUAACAGUUGCCAAUUACUUGGCCUUAAGGGUAAAAGUACAGGACAAGCUUAACCUCAGUAGCAAGAGCAGACACAAAGAACCGCCUCACCCAAAUUUAAUUGUGUGCAUAUUUCCAUGGAAAGUCGACAGGAAUCACAGACUUUGAUUGUGUUUCAUCUUUUCAUAUCUCUCACAGAGCUGGAAUAAAAAGAGCUGUUCAGUUAUUUCGGUUAACAAUGGUCGUGUUUAAGAAUCCUUAUUCGUCACAUUUUUGUUGAGAUCUAUUGUCUUACAAAUUAGAUUGGAAACCAGGAGCAUCUUUUCUUGCUAAAGCCCCCCCGGAGCCCGAGCCUCCCCUCGGAAUCCCGACACGGACACAGGUUGCUCUUGGGAGAUGCCGACUCUUGCUGCUGGUCUCUGUGCACGCCACCACCCGGGGUUUUACAGUACGAGCUGGGUGCUACCCGCGCCUGCCAAGGGCUGGUGCCUCUGCUUGGCAGCAAACCACAAACAAAGGAAAAGGAAAGGAAAGAGCACCGUGAUAUGGAGUGUUGUACAUAGUGUAGCAAAAGAGUAUUUAUACAUCUCACCAAUCAAACACAGCUUUAUUACCUCAUGCGAACUCAUACAAACCAAUAGACUUUCAACAUGUUCUGUAGCUUAGAGUGCUCACUUACUACCUCUGAACGAUACUCACGCUGUAGUUUGUCUCUUUCUUAUCUUUUUGCAUCUUGUAAUUAACUCUUUGUUUCCCCACGAAAUGUAAUGUACAUUGUAAUCUCCUACAAAUCAGGGUUGCCUUGGCAACUGCUAAAGAAGCGGAAGUGGAAACAUGGGGUCUUAGGUUGGACACAAAACAGUGCAACUGUUGUAAAUACUGAGAAGCAUUUUGAAUGUUCUUCAUCUUGUUACUAAUACACGCAAAAACCAACAACUAAUUGUAAUGCAUACAGACUUCAGUAUUCAGUACUGUACAUCCCCCUGGAUUGCAGGGGCCCUUUCUCUCUCUCUUUUGUAUUGUAUGCGAUUCUGAAACUGAUUGAGUCAUGAAAAUAAUUUGUGGCAGUGAUUCUAAUGUAUUAAACCGUUUCGUGUUACUUUCUAACUGGAUUACACCCUGGAUUGAAAAGUCUUCCUCGUGGUAGUUAUAUGUAGUUUCAAACAUGAAUAAACUUUUUGCUUUCAUGAUCAAACGUUGACGUAAUUUCUUCCUGCUCAGUUCAAGUCAGCCUGAGGAGAUGCGUCGGUCUCCAGAGGAGCGAGCUGGCAUGGAGCAGGAGCUGAGCAUCCCUUUAUAAACACCAGCAGGUCCUUGUGCCCUCUUGCCAGGAGAGAAUUGGAAAUCCUGGGAGAGGCACAUCCUGGGCAAAGGCUUCCACCUGCCAGCGCCUGCCUCUGCUGCUGCCCUGCUCUGCCUGGGAGCCACAAAUCAAAUGGAGGUAAAGGAAGGGGUCAGGCCUUUAGAUGAGUUUAAAAACCAUCAUCAUAUUCACUCUUAAUUACCAUUUUUAUUUAACAUUAACUUUGGAGCUAUAGCCUCAGCUAGCAAGUCUAAUGCGAUUAUAAAAAUAUUUUUCUUUAUUAAAAAAACUUUUUUGGAAGGACGUAUAUAUAUAAAUGCUAAUUUUAAGUCUUUUUAAUAAAGUAAAGGUCAAUAACAGGUAAUAGCCUAUUUACCAUAUCUCAAGGAAAUUGACUCACAGGAAAUCAAAUUAACGUUAAUCACUUGCAGCAAAUGGUCUUUGAUAAAUAUAACUACUCACCACUCGGGUUAGUGCAGCUAGGCAGGAGGAGGCCGAGCGCUCACCAGCACCAGCCCUGCCCGGCUGCAGCGGGGCUCGGUGAGGAGCUGCUGGGCCAUCACCUUCCUUCCCCUGGGCUGUUCAAGCCUUCAGCGCUCCUUUGGGGGCUGAACAACUGUUUGCAUGAUUCAGUGAGCUCGUGGUUCAGCUUUUCUCGACAAUUCUCGUAUCAGGGUGUUUUGUAAAAUACCUUUGCUCUACCACUCUCCCCCGGGCCGUGGUGACACUGCACCCCACGCUGUCACCCAGCAGUGACUGCUGCUGCUCUCUUCACAGAGCAGGUUUGGAAUUGAACAGGGCUGCUUCUUCCACAGGUGGUGCAUUUAAAUAAACAAGUAAAGAGCCAGACGUGCUUUGCAAAGCCUUUGCUAUCAGUUAACGGGAGCUGGGGCAGGUGGGGACUGUGGACUGCCGAAGACUUCUGCAUGCUGAGGACAAAGCACCCAACAAUUUGCAUUUGCUAAUGGAGCUCCCCAAGUCCGCACGCUCAGUGUUCGUGCUACAGCUCAGUGGAAAUGGUAUUUUGUAUUUUAAAUGUAAAGUGUGUCAGCGAAGGCGUAGUAGGCAGCGUAAUGAACACUCAGACGUCCCUCAUCUUGAUCACAUCUCUGCUGGCCACAGGCAAGGACCUGUCACACACUGAGGAGGUUCAUAGGAAGGCCAUCAACAACCUUUGGGCCGCCCUUGCGUGCCCCACGCCCGCUGGGCAUCAUUAGCUGCUGCUUUGCAGCAUUAAGGCUUUGGGUCCCUUUGAAUUACAAGUGCAAUUUGGCUUUUCCUUACGUUGGAGAGCAGCCACGUGGUUCCAUGGCAAAUAAUAAACAUCUUAUCCUUGAGGCCUGAUCACGCAUCAGGGAGGUUUACUGCCAGCACCAGUACUAGGAUCAAGCUGCUGAUGGUGUAUUGUGUUUCACCCAGCAGCUACGCUCUGAAGGAGCCUCGCAGGAGCCGUGGCUCUCACCAGGGGAGGAGACCCUCAGCCCUCCCACCCCGCCAGCUCAGCAGCACCAUCCUGACUCCCUGCGCCCACGUUUGAGCUUUGGGCACACGAGAACCCUGCAGCAGGAGCCCACCAGCCAUGGGAGGUGCCAGCCCUAGACCCUGUGUGGAGCACAGCAGGACCAAAAGGAGGAUCUGCAGCAGGUGCCAGGAAUCGCCAUCCCCUGUGCUCAGCGCUGACCUGACUAAGGCAUCCGUCACUGGGACAGGCACCAGGGUGUCUGGAGGAGAGACCCACACUGCUCCCUGGCAGGGCCCCACAGCCACUUGUGGGCCCAGCCCCAGCCCCGUCUGACCUGCUGUGCCGUGGGGACCGUGGGGACCAUGGGGACCAUGGGGACCAUGGCACCGCCACUGCUCCAGGGUGUCCUGCAGGAGGAGGGAGCCUUGAGAAGCUGGGGAGACACAGUGCCUCUGGUUUGUGACCUGCCGAGCCGUGGGAGCAGCCCCACAGCCUCAGAGCCCCGAGAGCAGCAAACCUUCCUCUGACAGCUGAUGGUGGAGAGGUGGCAAGCUCCCGCUGUGCCCGGCUGUGCCCGCUGUGCCCAGCUGUGCCCGCUGUGCCCUGUGUGUCCGGGCUUGCAGGGAUCCUGAGCUCAGGAGGGGAAGAGCCGGGGAGACCUUGGGGCAUGGCAGGAUCUGUGCCCCACGGGCCUGGGUCAGUGGGGACAGCUCUGCUGGCUUGGCCCCACGUGUGUGAGGCUGAGUGGCACCGUGUGAUCCUGCAGCAGUGUCCUGCCCACACGUGAGCCGAGGUGCAGUGCCACUGCCAGCGUCUGUGCCAUGCACUUCCAAUGUGAUAAAAGUAACUGUGAGUAACUGAAGAUGUUUCCAGUUUGUGUUAAUAAAAUACAUCUUUUUUAAAGAAUGGAAUUCUUCAAAGAUUGGCAAAUUUUAUUUUAUUUCAUUAGCUUUAAUGUCACUGCCAUAUGGACUGUGAAGAAAAGUGAACCAUUAGAUCAGAGGGACUGAGUUAUCAGUGUGACACAGAAAGCUCUGAUACAAUUGUUAAGGAUAAGCCCUGGAGUGAUUUAUUGCCUGCAUUGUAUUAGUCACAGAGGAGUUAUGAUAUGCUCCCCAUUCCUGUAUCAUAUUAGGAUUUUAUUAGUCUAAUAUGACAUGGUAAUAUAAUAUAUGAUUAGAAUACCCAUCCAGUGAUCCUUUCCUUGGUUGCAGGGGCUGGAGAAGGUUUUGUGUGCAUCAGAUGCUGGGCCAUCAUGCCCAGGGAGGAUGGGGCAUAUCUGGGAUGGCACAGUAGCUGAACCAGUCUCCAGGCCUUCCCAGGUGGGACAUGGAGCCCUUCACCUUCUGUGGGCACCCCGGGGCACCUGUCUGCCACUGAAUUUGAUUCCUGUGAAUUACAGAGCCACUGGCUCCCUCCUGCAGCUGGGACAGUGGAAGGACAGAGCUGGCAUUACCAUCCUUGCUGAGCCACGGGUCUGGGCUGUACCUGGGAAAGCGUCCCUGCCCUGGAGCACCGGCCCGGCAGUGCCAGUGCUCCUGCAGUGCCAGUGCUCCUGCAGUGCCAGUGCUCCUGCAGUGCCAGGGCUCCUGCAGUGCCAGGGCUCCUGCAGUGCCAGGGCUCCUGCAGUGCCAGGGCUCCUGCAGUGCCAGU